AUAGCGGUUUCUCUCAUUAACACAAUCAAAUGUCUAAUAUAUACAACCUUGAGCCGCCCACGAAGGGGAAGGUUAUCCUGCAUACAAACCUUGGUGACCUGGAAAUAGAGCUAUGGGCAAAGGAGGCGCCGAAGGCAUGCCGCAACUUUGUGCAGCUGGCCAUGGAGGGCUACUACGACGGAACAAUAUUUCACCGUGUCAUCAAAGACUACAUUGCUCAGGCUGGCGACCCAACCGGCAGCGGCACAGGCGGCGAGUCCAUUUACGGCGAGCCUUUCCGAGAUGAGUUCCACCAGCGCCUCAAGUUCACCCGCAGAGGCCUCGUCGCGUGUGCCAACCAGAAUGAGCCCAACACCAACGGCUCCCAAUUCUUCAUCACGCUGGACAAGGCGGACUGGCUCAACAACCGCAACACCAUCUUUGGCCGCGUGGUGGGCGACACCGUGUACAACAUGCUGCGCUUCAACGACCUGCCGGUGGACGACUCCGACCGCCCUCUGGAGCCACCUGUGAUCCGCGAGGCGGAGGUUGUGUGGAACCCCUUCGAUGACAUGGUGCCCCGCGUGGACAGGGAGGCCAUUAAGGCCGACAAGGAGGCGGCGCGCAUGGCCGAGGAGCGCAAGAAGCGCGCCUCCGGCCGCACCAAGAACCUGUCGCUGCUGUCGUUCGGUGAGGAGGCGGAGGCGGACGAGGAGGAGGCGGAGGUGGCGGCACGCGCGGCGGCGGCACGGCGGCGGAUACGGUCUGCGCACGACGUGCUGGAGGAUGAGCGGCUGGCCAAAGAGAGGGCUAUUGAGGAGGAGGAGCUGGCGCGCAUUGAGGCGGAGCGGCCCGCUAAGCGGCCCAAGCAGUCGGCAGCGGCGGCAGCAGGGGAGGCGAACGCGCUGGCGAGGGCGAAGGCCGCCGUGUCGCAGGCAGCCGGCCGCGCUCGGGUCACCGCCGUGGCGGCUGCGGCGGAGGACGAGGAGGCGGGGGCGCGGGACGAGGAGGAGGAGGGGGCUGCCGCCACCAAGGUUGCCUCGGCCGCCUUUGCAGCCUCCAUGCGUGCCAAGAUGGCGGCGGCACGUACGCAAGCAGGCGACGAGGCACGGCCCAAAGCUGCCAGGGAGCCUGCGCGCGAGCCUUCCCUGGAAGCCGCUAAUGCAGGUCGGAUGGGCGGCGCCAGCGCAGGCGCCGACGAGGAGGAGGACGAGGUGGAGGACGAGACGCGGCGCGGCAGCGGGCGGGGUGCGGGUAGUAGUGGCGGCGCUCGUGACUACGCGGCUGAGCGGCGGGCGGAGAUGGAGGCGAUGAAGGACGCGGCAGUCAACAAAUCGUAUGGGCGAGUCAAUGCCAAGCCGGAGGUGGCGGACGCGGACCUUCUCAAGCCCUGGCAGCUGCAGCGGGAGACGUACAAGGCGCGCAAGCGGGCGGUGGGCAACCGCGAAAAGGACACGCUGGCCCGGCUGAGCAAAUUCACGGCGGCACUCAGAUCCGCACCCACCGCGGACACCAAGCGGGAGGCAAGCGAGCCCCCGCGGUCGGGAAGUGAGGAGCCCGCGGCGGCCAAGGACGCAGCCAAUCAGGCUGGCGGUGACAAGGGCUAUGCGGGCAAGGUCCGCGGCGACCUGGAUCACCGCGCCUACAUGCCGGCAGCCUGGCGCGUGGACGCGUACCUAGACGAGGAGGAGGCGGACGAGGAGGAGGCGGGCAGCGGGCUGGCAGGGCUGCGGUCGCACCGCUUCGAGGCGGCAAAGGAGCGCAAGGACAACAUGGCUAGGGACAUGGACAACCUGGAUGACUACGUGGUGUACGACCCGCUUCUAGAGAAGGGCAAGGGCAAGUGGAGCGCCGCCAACCAGAAGGAGAAGAAGCGGGCCAAUGAAUGGGCGGGGAGAGCCAACAUGUAGAGUCGCGGGCAUCACGAUUGUGGCACAGGUGGUUGGGGUUGGGGUCGGGGCUGUGCCAUGGCUGAUUUUGUCUGAUGUUUGCGCAAGCAGCGUACACACUCCGUGUGAGGAUUGCGUUGAGGUUGUCCCCAGGGCUUCUUAGGCGCAGUUGGCUCUGGCACGGUUCAACUGGACGCAUUAACUGCGCUUUUUCCAGUGAUGGUGGUGGUGGUGGUGGGUGAUGGGCCUGGCCCCACCACCACCAGCAGCAGCAGCGGCAGCAGCAGCAGCAGCAGCAGCAGCAGCGGCAGCAGUAGAAGCAGCAGCGGCAUAGGGCCUGGCGGCAGCGGCCCUGGGCCUGGUGGCAGCGGCCUGCAUGUGCAUAGCGGAGGGGGCAAGCAAGGCCACGUGGAGGAGGAGAGCGCGGCGCCGCCCAAGAAGCGGCGCCGGCACGCAGGUUGAGGCCGGCCGGUGUCUAGUUAGGGUCUUUGCUGGCGAGUAUAGCACCGGACAGUAUGUGGUAGGCCGCAGCAGUGAGGAGUGUUGUGGCUAGAGGGUUUCCUGCUGUUUGGUUGAUUGCUGGGUGUGCUUGUGCUUGGCAGCGGGACGUGGCUGGACGCAUGGCGGGCCGUGCCUGUACGAACCGACCCCGGCUAUGUCCGGGAGAUAGAUGAGGUAGACGGUUGCGGCCUCAGACUAGAGACGUGCCGUGGGCGCAGCCCACUUUUCCCAUGCGAACAAAAAGUCCGGCGCAUUGGGCUCUGACACGAUUCAACUGGACGCUCUAACUGUACUUUUUAAGCACAAGAUGCUAGCCUGGAGCUCGCGACGGCGUCUUGCAUUCGCAUUCACUAGCAAACACUUCGCUAAGAUAUAAUAGUAGCCCCAUUAUGCAACAAGUGUGUCGCCUCCCCAACUCUCGGGGCAUGAGGCAUGUAUUUACAUGACAGCAGUUUUGGAAUGCAUGGCGAAUCGGUCCGCUGUACGGUGGCGUGACCAGCUAGUUAGCACCACGGUGGUAGUGGCAGUGUUGCACUCGUAGUGUAAUUCCCUGUCGUGCAUCGUCCGAGCACAUGCUUGCGGCACGCAGCUUGGCCCAUGCCCCUCCUGUUGUCACAAGUGCGCUUUGGUGGUGGUGGCAGUCUGGCCGCUUGAGUAUUAUGCACAACGUGCGGUAGCAUGCGGACUGGUGCCACAGGGAGCAUGCCGCGUUGCUGAUUAGGCCAGCUGCUCUUGUGGAUGGAUUGCAGGGUGGCACGGUUGCGCGGCAGGCGGCCAGAGGCGGCUGGAGACGGAAAGUAAUGGUGCUGUACAUGUCAUCUUAUCGGGUGUCAUGACGUGACUAAAGCGUCAUGCCGUGUCACUGUGAGAAACGCGACGGACGAAGAGCGCGGCCGUGGAGAGCGGUGUAGCAUCUCAAAUCAACAGGGGUUCAACGUAAUGGUUAUGAUCAGGGGAGGUUGGAGGUUAUAUGUGUGGGAAUGGGAAGCGGGGCGGGCGUCAUGGUGUGCCGAUUCAGUGUGCAUCAUCAACCCGGUCUCACCGCCGCACUGUCCAAAGCCCAAACGGAAAUUGCUGUAUAAAAACCUUGAUGUUUAUUUCGGGACGGGGCCUACUCACUCUUGCAGGCUUGGCACAAGAGUUUAGAAAGACGGUG